AUCCACACACUGGAGAACGGAACGGGGCGGACAAUCAGUCAGUUCCGGAUCAAGCUCGCGGUUCCACUGUGCGCGUGCGCGUGCGCGUGCGCGUGCGGUGCUCACCACCGGAAUCGGGGACCGGGGAUCUGUGGAUUCUGAAGAAAAGCCGAUGGAUUUUCCUCAAUAAAAAUCCCAUCUUUUUCUAUCUGCUUCCGCCUGGUGCCGGAGGGAGAGACGCGGAUGUCUUUUCUUGGGGCUGCCGUCCAGGUCCAGAGACCACGGAGCGCGGAGGCAGUUGGGACUGCGAGUAGUCGCCCUAUCGCUCUAGCUCCAGCAGCAGGCGCUCCAAUCUAGCGCCCCUGCAGCCGCUGGCCCCACCCUGGGGGAGGAGGACGACGCCCCGGCCGCCUCAUGGAAGAUCAAUCACCUGACCAUAUAUCAGUCGGUUCAGUGCCAAAAAAGUCUAGUACAUCCUCACGAGGUCGACGCCGUAAUUUCUCAUCAUCAACAUGCAAAGAUUUUCUCCGGAAGUUUGUGGACAGUGAACUUUUAACUUCAAGCCUUGAGGAUUGGUUCUGUGGUCACUGUGAAGAUUGUGGUUUCAGGAAGCCAACUUUUGAUGUUCCUUUCGACCUUACUGAAUUACAGAAUUUUGAUUAUGCUCUGGAGGGUGUUACUUUUCAGCAGCUAGUAAGGAUGCCAAAUGCUCUAUGUUCGUCAACAUCUGAUGUUUUUGAAGCUACUGCAUAUCUUGCUUUGGAGGAUUUCCUUCAUGCAGGCAUUAAAGGAUUGUGGGAAACUUUCUGGGGCCCUGAUGAGGCAAUGCCUUCCUCAGUUGCCUGUAUACACAGCUCAAGUUCCAAAUUUUAUCCUGCUGAGAAGGCUAUUAGCAGUGGCAAACUCGAUGGUGUUUGUGCAACUUCUGUACUGCUGAAGAAUUUGAAGUAUUCACAAGGAAGAUGGGAUGAUAUUGUUGUGUUGGCUUUGUUGAGACCUGAUAUUGGAAUGGUUUCCGCACAGGGUGACCAGGAGCCAUCUUCUGCUGUCUUAGGGGAGGCACUCUUCUUUGCUUUGCGUGUCCUACUGUCUCGAAGCCUUAGCAGAUCCUCCACUGUUCUUCACAAUUCAGAUUGUAUUUAUUUGCUUCUUGUUGAUUCACAGUUUGGAAGAGUAGUAAAGGUCCAAGGAGAUUUGAACAAGCUGGAUUUUGAUCAGAACAAUGUUUAUUACUGUGCUGCUGAAUGGAUAAAGAAGCAUGCCAAGAUUUCAGUUUCUUCUAUAGAUCGAGUAUGGAACAAACUUGGGAAUGCUAACUGGGGAGACAUUGGGACCCUUCAAGUUCUCAUGGCUAUAUUCCUCUCAAUGAUCCAAUUUUAUGGAGAGCCUAAGUAUUCUCUUGAUGAACUUGCCACAGAACAUAGUUCAAGGCUACAAAGUCGAAGGUCAGAAAGACAUUUAGUUGACAGACAAGCUAAUGGUCAUGGUUUAUUUCAGUUCCAACAGCCAAGUCAUUCUCCUGAAAUUGUCGAAGUACAUGAGGAACCAGCUGUUGAUGUGAAACCACAGGAAACCUUGAAGCUUGAAAUAGGAUCUGUUGUAUUGAUGAAUGAUGCUUACAUACAGAAAGGUUUUCAAAUCAAUGACAUCCUAACAGACAGUGACCCUCCUAUUUAUACUUCUACUCCUGUAGAAGAACCUACCAAAACGUAUCUACUGUAUGUAGGCUCCAGCCCGUCUCAUUUGGAACCGGCAUGGGACGAUAUGAAUUCCUGGUACCAAGUGCAGAGGCAGACCAAAGUACUGUCUUUGAUGAAGCAAAGAGGCAUUUCUAGCAGAUAUAUACCACAUAUGGCAUCUUCUGGGCGGAUCAUCCAUCCAGGCACAUGCAAUAAGCCUAACUCAAAUGGAAAUUGUGACCAUCCAUGGUGCAGUACUCCAAUUCUUGUCACCUCACCAGUUGGUCAGACUGUUUCAAAUCUGAUACGGAAUGGAUUGUUCGGUGUUGAGGAGGCACUGAGAUGUUGCCAUGAUUGUUUAUCCUCUCUUGCUGCAGCAGCAUCUGCAGGAGUCCGUCACAGUGAUAUCCGGCCAGAGAAUGUGAUCCGUGUCAGUAAUGGUUCAGGUGAUCCAUAUUUUGUGCUUAUUGGAUGGGGUCAUGCUAUCCUAGAAGAUAGAGAACGACCUGUGAUGAAUCUGUUCUUCUCAUCUACGUUUGCGCUCCAGGAAGGCAAGCUAUGUGCAGCAUCUGAUGCAGAAAGUUUAAUCUAUCUACUAUAUUUCUCUUGCGGUGGAGUUUGCCCAGAGCUUGACUCGGUUGAAAGUGCCCUUCAGUGGAGGGAGAUAUCGUGGUCGAGGAGAGUUAUACAGCAGAAGUUGGGCGACUUCUCAGCAGUGUUAAAAGCUUUUGCGGAUUAUGUUGACAGCCUUUGCGGAACCUACCCAAUGGACUAUGACAUAUGGUUGAAAAGAUUGCGAAGAACAAUAAAUGAAGAUCAUGGGAAGGAGGUCGACACAUCAUCAUCAAGUUAAUACUACGGAACAUUUUUCUUGCAAAAUCCAGAAUGCGGAGGAUCAAGAGUGAUCAAUCCAUUACUUUUUGUUGUUGUAGAUAAUUUUUUUGUGAAAGGCUUUCCAUAGGUCAUAGUGUUCAUCGUCUCGCACCAUUCCUUUGCCCCUUUGAUAAGGGUAUUUCAAAAAUUGCAAUCUGCUGCUGCUAUCCUCAAUGCGAUCACUGUCACUGUUUACUAUUCUGUGCUCCCACCUUCAGCGGUUCACAGAGGAGUGCAGUAUAUAGAUCCUUGAGGAUAUCAGCAACAUGAUGUAUUUUGUAAAUGGUCUUUGGUAAAUUGGUUAGCCUCUGCUCUGGUUGCCCUCUGGGAUUCUGGUCCCAUUUUAUUUGGUGCUGUGCAAGGCUAGGCUUGUGGAUGUUAACUGGUAGGAAAAUAUGGACCUCGAGUGUGUGGUAUAGUCGAUUAAUUUUUGGCACUUCCUGUUUGUAACUGCUCCAAAAUAGAUAUGCGGUUAGUGGUGGUGUGGCAUAGUAGCAUUUAUUUUUUUAAGAAGGCUAAAUUAUUUGUUGGGUGCAAUGUUAAUUGUUAAAGGUCCUAUAAAUGAUGUUCUAUUGAUUGAGAUGCCCAAA